AGAGCACUUCCGGGAGAGACUACUAUCGUCAGAGCUUGGUCACGUGACGUAUAUCCUUUCCAAGUCGGCCAUAUUCCUGGGCAGCACGGGUCGGGUGUGCUGUUCCAUUUCCACCGAUUUUAACCAAUUUUUGCCCGAAUUUUGUAAUUUUCUCAAGCCAUUAGGUCAGGAAAACAUCCAGGAUGGCAAUUAAAUUCCUGGAAGUGUUGAAACCUUUCUGUGCAGUCUUGCCAGAAAUUCAGAAGCCAGAACGGAAGAUCCAGUUUAGAGAAAAGGUACUAUGGACUGCCAUCACCCUGUUCAUCUUCCUGGUUUGUUGCCAAAUUCCACUGUUUGGCAUCAUGUCAUCAGACUCUGCAGAUCCCUUCUACUGGAUAAGAGUCAUCCUGGCUUCCAACAGAGGAACUCUGAUGGAGCUGGGUAUCUCGCCCAUCGUGACGUCAGGUCUGAUCAUGCAGCUGCUCGCUGGUGCUAAGAUCAUCGAGGUCGGUGACACCCCCAAGGACAGAGCACUCUUCAACGGAGCACAGAAAUUGUUCGGUAUGAUCAUCACUGUCGGCCAGGCCAUUGUGUACGUCAUGACUGGUAUGUACGGAGACCCUGCUGAGAUCGGUGCUGGCGUGUGUCUACUCAUCAUCAUCCAGCUGUUUGUGGCCGGUUUGAUUGUGUUGUUACUGGAUGAGCUGCUGCAGAAGGGGUAUGGACUGGGCUCUGGCAUCUCUCUCUUCAUUGCCACCAACAUUUGUGAAACCAUCGUCUGGAAGGCCUUCAGCCCAGCCACAGUCAACACUGGCAGAGGUACUGAGUUUGAGGGAGCCAUCAUUGCCCUGUUCCACCUGUUGGCCACAAGACAAGACAAGGUUCGUGGGCUGCGCGAGGCCUUCUACCGUCAGAACCUGCCCAACCUCAUGAACCUGCUGGCUACAAUCCUGGUGUUCGGCAUUGUCAUAUACUUCCAGGGCUUCCGCGUGGACCUACCGAUCAAGUCCGCCCGCUACCGUGGCCAGUACAGCAGCUAUCCCAUCAAGCUGUUCUACACGUCCAACAUUCCCAUCAUCCUCCAGUCCGCCCUGGUGUCCAACCUGUACGUCAUCUCCCAGAUGAUGUCCAUCAGGUUCAGUGGGAACUUCUUUGUCAACCUGCUGGGGACCUGGCAGGAAGCUGGAGGUGGUGGCCCUGCCCGCUCCUACCCUAUAGGUGGCCUGUGUUAUUACCUUUCCCCGCCUGAGACCCUGGGACACAUCGUCGAGGACCCCAUCCACGCUGUUCUCUACAUCAUCUUCAUGCUCGGAUCCUGCGCCUUCUUCUCCAAGACAUGGAUUGAAGUCUCCGGCUCAUCAGCCAAGGAUGUUGCCAAGCAGCUGAAGGAACAGCAGAUGGUGAUGCGUGGUCACAGGGAGAAGUCCAUGAUUCACGAGCUCAACAGGUACAUCCCUACAGCGGCUGCCUUCGGAGGCCUUUGUAUCGGUGCUCUGUCUGUGCUGGCUGACUUCCUGGGCGCGAUUGGCUCCGGUACCGGUAUCCUCCUGGCUGUGACCAUCAUCUACCAGUACUUCGAAAUCUUCGUCAAAGAACAAAGCGAGAUGGGCGGCAUGAGCACUCUACUCUUCUAACGGCAGGGACUGACACCACACAGAGAAACGGGAAAUAAUUGCAACUUAGACUGAAGUUCACAUGAAAAUAGGGUAAUUUAUGCUGAUCUAAAUUGGAGUAGACUAGGAGCACAUUGAAAGAAAAGGAAAAUACAAAAAACAAAGACCAUGUCCGGGGUAGUGUUUGAAUGUCCGUUUUUUGACUCGUUCGGAACCAGAGUUUAUUUUGAGAGGCAAACAAUCAGGGGACUUGAUUUUUUUCUUUUUUAAGUUUCUUACACCAGGUCAUUUAUGAUAUGGAUGUCAAAUUUAGAUUGUUAAUUAAAACUGUCACAUAUCUUUUUGUUCAUAAUCACCUCCUGUACUUAUGAACUUGAAACAUGGGAGGGGGGACAAGGAAGUUUUUUUUGCCUACAAGAAAAGUAAAGUUGAUUUUAUACCAGAUGGAAAAUACUUCCUGUUGGGAAAUGUUCCUGGCAAAGCACCUAUGUAUGUAGACUUAGAUGCUAGUUUUAGGAUAGAACGCAAGAGA